AUGAUAAUUUUUUAUUUGAUUGCAUUUGUUUAAGGACUAAUUCCUGAUAACUGCAAAUGGACAGACCCAGAUGGGUUUCAUUUUGAUAUCAAUCAUCUAAAAAGAAAAGACAAUUAUAAAGUAACUUCAUUUAGUGGGGCAAUGUCAUUCGAAUUUAAUUUUUGUACAUAUGGUGUUUAAUGCAAUCACAGAGAGGUAAAGAAGGUUGAGUAUUAAGGGUUGCUGCGUUUUAAUUAUUUCAUAAUAAAUGUUACACAAUAGGCUUAAAAUCUGAAUCAGAUAUAUGGUAUGAUAGUUUUGGUUUAAAUCUAAAAUAUAAAAAUGGUAAGGAGUAUUAAAUGAUGAUAGGUGAUUUAUGUGGAGAAACCUUAUAAUAUUCUGUUUAAUUUUAAAUUUAAUGUGGAGAAGAAGCUCCAUUUAAAUAAAUUAUGACAGAUUCUCCAUGCAAUA